AUGGCUCGACUAGUACUGUUAAUAUGUGUUUUCGGGCUCCUUUUGGGUGCUAAUGCAGCACCAGGUGGUAAAAGGAAAGAUGAAGAAAGUAUUGUCAGCUCCGCAAAGGAUGUAAAAAAUGAUGGAAAAGGUGCCAAUUACGAAAAUGCUGGCAACGUAAAUCAAGCCAAAGAUGGGGAACAGAUUAGCAACACCCAUGAUGGUAACGAUGAAAGUAGUCGAUACGGCAAAUUAGGAGAAAAUGACAACAACGGCGACCAUGAAAAUGGUAACAUUGGUCGUAGUAGUCAAUACGAUAAAUUAAGAGAAAAUGACAACGGCGAUGGUGCUGCUAAAAUUGGCGAUCAUUAUAACCGAAAUGAUAACAGUGAAGGAGAAAAUAAAGGUACUAGUCGACACAAAAGAAAUGAAUCACGAGGCAAGGGAGAUCACGGAGGUCAUGGAGGCAAUGGUGGUAAAGGUAGUGGCGGUGGCAGUGGCGGUCCUGGUGGAGGUAGAAAAGGAGGUGAAAAUCCAGGUGGUCGACCUCGGCGUUCAGAAGGCAAUGGUAAAAAUUAUGGAAAUGACAAAAGCAUAUCCAAUGAAAGCGAAGAAGACACUGAAGGAACAGCUACAAGUGGAAACGACCAUGGCUCAGAUAAUAACGAUGAAGAGAAUAACGGAGAUAACGAAUCAAGUGCUAAAGGAAAACAUGACGGUGAUGAUAAGGACAGUUCCGAUGCAGGUGCUAAAGCAUCGUCCGAAGAUAGUGACAAAGAUGUAGACCAGUGCAGCUACGAUAGUGAUAAAACAGAAUAUGACACCGGCAAUUUACCUGCAAACGAAGGCCCUGAAACUUCUGCUAUUAUUCCAAAUAAUAACAAUGACAAAGAAAAUAGUAGUUCCUUAAAUGUAGAAGACAACAAAGACGGAGGUCGUUACAGACGAGACAAACCCCACGGUCAAGGCAAUCAAGGCGGUCAUGAGCAUGGAGGCAUCGGUGGUGGAAAAGACGGUCAAAAAGGUGCUGGUGGUAAAGGUAGACACCGACGUUCUGAAGACAAUGAAGACCACUCAAGCCAUGACAGUAAUAACACACGUGAAGGCGAAAAUAACACUACUCAUGCUGUUAAUAAUAGCAGUAAUAACCAUAGCCCGGAUCAAGAAACCAGUGGAAACGACCAUAGCUCAAAUAACUAUAAAGAGGAAAUUAAAAACGCUGCUCGACAUAGACGUGACAAUUCACAGGAUAAAGUAAAUCAAUGUGGUCAUGGUGACAAAGGCGGCCCAAAUUCAGAUAGUAAUGGUAGGCACCGACGAUCUAAAGAUAACGAAAAACACUCCGAACACACAGACAAUGAUAAUAACUACAGUAAUUCAAGUGAAAGAAAAGAAAGCUCUCCUGAUAAAAAUACUGAUGUUGACCAAGAUAGUAAAAGCGAUGAAGAUGAAGACAGCCAUGACUUAGAAAGUAAUGAAAAGGAGAAUAUUGAUGCUGUCAGGCGAAGACGUGACAAUUCACGCGGUAAAGGAAACCGUGGUCAUGGAGGAGACAAACGCGUUCCAAAUACAGGCGGUGAAGGCAGGCGCCGACGAUCCGUAAACAAAGAACAACACUCUGAAGGUAAAGAUGGAAACGACUCAGUCAACGCUCAUGAUGACAAUAACAAUAAUUCAAGAGAAAGUGAAGAAACAUCUGUUAAAAAUAACGAUCAUAACGAUGACCAAGAAAGUAACAGUGAUGGAGACGGCUAUUUAGACAAAAAUGAACAGGAGAAUAAUAAAAGCGAAGAAAGCUCUCCUGUUAAAAAUACCGACCAUGAUGUUGAUGAUGACCAAGGAAGUAACAGUGAUGAAGGCAGCCUAUCAGAUGAUAAUGAAAAGGACAAUAAAGAUGGUGCUCGCUACGCACGCACACUACCUAUAGAUCAAAGCACAUGGAUGUAUUUAUUGUUAAAGUUGCUUAGUAUUUUUGAUAUUAUGUAA